UUUUCACCGGAGCCCCCGCCUCCACCGCCGCGGGUACAGAAAUAGAAAAAGAGCUCGGGCUGCGGGAGAAAGAGCGCCACACAUCAGCGGAGAGUUAUAAACCUGUCAGCCUGCUCCCAAGCUCCGAGCCCCGGUGACAACCCGCAGCCGCCGGUGACCCUCUACCUUCCGCCUGCCCGGCACCAGCAACGUCCGUAGCUCACAGAGAAAAAAAGAGAGGGAGGGUACCAGCUCGAGCACCAAGCCGGGGCUCUGUCUGUCAAAAGCCCCGCUAGUCUGAAAUCCUCACUUCCCUCUGCGGGUGAACCGAGCCACAGCUUGUUCACCGCCGAGCUAGCUCGACCCGUACCGGCCGUGAGGGUGUCUCUUGGGGGGGAAUGGCAUUGGACUUCGCCGCGGGCUGCGUGGGAGGUGCUGCUGGUGUUUUGGUGGGGCAUCCAUUUGACACUGUGAAGGUGCGGCUUCAAGUUCAAAAUGUGGACAAACCUCUGUACCGUGGAACAAUUCACUGCUUCCAGUCCAUCAUACGCCAGGAGUCGACGCUCGGCCUGUACAAAGGCAUCGGCUCACCAAUGAUGGGCUUGGCCUUCAUCAACGCCAUAGUGUUUGGUGUCCAGGGCAACGCCAUGCGCAAGCUGGGCCGCGACACGCCGCUCAACCAGUUCCUGGCGGGAGCCUCAGCAGGAACCAUCCAGUGUGUCAUCUGCUGCCCGAUGGAGCUGGCCAAGACACGCAUGCAACUGCAGGGGACCGGAGAGAAGAAGUCCAAGACGAAGCUGUACAAGAACUCCCUGGACUGCCUGGUGAGAAUCUACAGGAGGGAGGGAAUCCGAGGCAUCAACCGCGGCAUGGUGACCACCCUGAUGCGCGAGACACCUGGUUUCGGCGUGUACUUUCUCACGUACGACGUGUUGACCCGCGCCCUGGACUGCGAGCCAGAACAACCGUACAUGAUCCCCAAGCUGCUGUUCGCCGGAGGAAUGUCGGGCAUCGCUUCCUGGAUCUCCACCUAUCCCGUGGACGUGAUUAAGUCACGCCUCCAGGCGGACGGGGUCGGCGGAGUCUACCAGUACAGCGGCAUCAUGGACUGUGUGAGGCAGAGCUUGAAGAAGGAGGGGUGGAGGGUGUUCACACGCGGGCUCACGUCCACUUUGCUCCGGGCGUUUCCGGUGAAUGCCACCACGUUUGCCACCGUGACUCUAUUUUUAAUAUACAUGCGCGAGGGAGGAGAGUGUCGUAUUGAGGACCCUGAGCCACAGUCCGUCCAGCUGCAGCCACAGACCCAGCCGACCAGCCUGUGAGCCGCGUUUCAUCUGUCAGAUAGAGAUGGAACUGUCUGAUCCCUCAGCUGGUUUUCCAUUGUAACAAACAUGAACUGGUCCUAAGUACACAUCUGUGCACCGAGCUCCUGCAAAGUGUCCACCUAGUAUUUAAUAAUAUAUAGUGUAUUUUAAGAUAAAAUCUGCACUUGUAAAUAAGGCCUCUUUUUAAAACAUCCCUGGUUUUUGUUAAGUCUUGAGAGUCAGGAAACUGGACAGUUACAGAGUUGUGCUUACAGAUGUCCCGAAUGCUUUGAGUCAAGGAAACACUUUGUCAUUGAUGCGGUGUUCAGGUCAAAAUGAAUUAUACCUAGAACUUAAUUCAACAAGUGGUGUAAUAUUCCUCAUCUAUUUCGUCCAGGUCAAUUAGUCCCUUUUACUCUUUACGCAUUUGUACACUGUUUUGUAGUGGUUACACGUACAUAGACAGCUUAUACAUGUACAUUUAUGUAGAUAUUCAUUUUCUGAAGUUACAACUGCGUAUUUGGUUAAACUUUGCUAUGAAAUCAGCAGCCAUCUUUUUACAUCGAGUCUUUGUCUACGUUAAUAAUCUACCUUUUAGAUUCUGACGUUUUAUAGAGAAAAUAUUAAAGGCUCUGACAAUGACUCACUGCAGUAAAACACAAACCAAGUAGAAGUCGGAUACAGAAUAAAUGUGUAAUAAUGUCUUUAAAAUGGUUAAUUAUUGGAAACGAUCUGCAGUUUUUUAAUAUUGUUACUUCGGAGAUUGUAUUGAGUCCAAAGAAAGCACCUUAUGGUAUGAUACGGUUACAUUUGUCACAUUUGCAAGAACCUGUGUGGAGCAAAACAGUUUUUUUAAAGUACACUCGUUUAAGGUUUUAAGUUCCCUGUGAUUGGAAGUUGUGUUGUUUGUCAGUCGCCCUGUUGUCCACAAGGGGGUGGUGUCUACACACUAACCUGAGGCAGAGGAAUGGCCCCUGUAAGACUGAGCUGCAGAUCUUCUGCCUAUUUUUUCUUUGUGUAUGAAAGUACAGUUUUACCACCUGUCAGCUAAAUUAUACUGAUCCAACACCUCCAGAGGAUAUGAAAAGGUCAAGUAUUGGUACAAUUCAUCUCAUGAACCUGAUUUUAAUCUUUGACCUCUGUAUGUAAAUUGAUGAACCUGUAACAUUAUUAUAACAUUAAACCCUCAGUGACUCGGCCACUUGCCUUUUAAUCAUCUGCCACAAAACCAACACAACUGAAGUCCAAAGCUUCAGCACCAAGGACGGAAUCAAACUCUUCUAAUGGUUCAGUUUUCUGUUGGCUUCUUCAACCUAAAUCUGUCUGAGACCCCACUGCUCUCCUCUCCAUGUUAACCUACAGGGCAAAGGGCACACACAGUGUCCCUCAGUGCAGUGUGAACUCUGUCAACUUCUCGGUUAACAGUUGCAAUACUGACAACGUCUUUGCAGGUUUAAAGUGUAAAUUGAGACACAAGUUAAACACAGGCGAACUUCAACCUGCCUGCAGGUGGCGCCACACAGACGUUAUAACUGUAGCAGCUCUUACUCUUCCUGCACAUCUUCAUGGUUUCACUGGUCCAGUUGGGUUAAAAUAAUGUACAUACGUGAAUUUGGCUUGUUUCUGUUCUCAUCUCUUUGUGUUCAACUUUAGGUUUGAUUUUAUUUACUUUUCUGUAUUUCUGUUUUAAGACUCUUAAUGUGUAUAUAUUCUGGGUUUGCCUGACUUUACCGGUGGAUGAUAUGAUUGCUGAUAUUUUUGUGAAAAGGCUGCUUUAAAUAUGCUCGUCUUGUAACAAAGCAGCAUGUUCUCUCCGUUGAAUGUUGAAAUAAAAGCCACUUUCCCACUCACA